UGCACGGUGUUUGUGUGCUUGUCCUUAACAUGUAAGAUGAGCUGAGAUUAGGCAGCAAUGUGCCCAGACUUGUUUCCCUGUUUCCCUUUUCAGCGUGUCUGUGGAAGGACAGGACACUUGUACUUCUGUAAAAACAGAAGAAAUGAGCUGUACUCUCAAACUCCCUUUUACCAUCACUUCCUCCUUUUUUGAUUUGAACAUAAACUGUAUAAAAACACUGGUUUCACACAUGACAAUUAAAAGAAACUUGGUCUUCAUGUAUGAAUUUAAAGCUGUAUUAUUUAUUUCUCAGAAUGAAGCUGGAAAUAGGACCUUAUUUGACCAGCUGGAGGACUUCCGUAUUGACUCAAAGUCUGAAGGCAGUCAGGAAGUGGAGGAUCUUAUGGAUUGGUGGAACACAGUGGAGGGCUGGGAAGAAACUCCUCAGAAUGACGACAUGACAGAAAAAGAAGAGGCUAAGGCGUUUGCUGUGACGGCAGAUAAGGUGCAGAAGGGAAUUCGUGUAUUCAACAAGCUCUUCUCAGAGCGCGCUGAGAGCCUGUGGCAGCACGUCAUCGACCUUAACAGCAUGGCAGAUGCCCUGGACAAGUUCAACAAGAACACAAAAAUCGCUCAAAUCACAGGGGGCUCAACCAGCGCUAUCGGAGGCGUGGCCACCAUCGCUGGUCUAGCUCUGGCCCCUAUCACCUUUGGAACAUCCUUGAUUGUGACGGCAGUGGGUCUGGGUGUGGCCACGGCGGGCGGUCUGACCUCAGCGGGUGCCGGUAUCUCGAACCAGGUCAACAACUCAAUGGACCGUAAAAAGGUGGAGAAGAUCGUGGAGGACUACCAGGAGAAGAUGGUCGACCUCAACAAGUGCCUGAAAUUCAUCAAGCAGGGAAUCGAAAACCUGCGCAGGUUUGACCUGAUCAAGAUGAAGAACCACGCCUACAACCGAGACUUCCCCGUGCUCAGCAGUAGUUUUUAUGAGGAUGGCGCCAUGGCAGGGAAGGCUAUCCUCAUCAACGCCAAUGAGAUCAUGCGUGUGGUGCAGAUUGCCAACGUGGCAGGCAGCACGGCAGCCAGGGCAGUCCAGAUCGCCAGUAUGGCUACAGGCGUGCUCACCGGACUCUUCGUGGGUAUGGACAUCUACUUUGUGGCCAAAGACUCCAAAGAACUCAAGAAAGGCGCAAAGUCAGAGUUUGCCGGCAAGAUCAGGGAGGUGGCUACGCAGCUGCACGACGGUCUGGUGGAACUCAACAGCCUACGAGAGGAGCUGCAGGACACAUCCAGGCCACAAGACGACGCAGAAGAUGAAAAAGCUCCUGUAGUCAGUGAGAGGAAGAAGGAAGAUGAGAAUCAAGACAGUUCAGAAGAUGAAAUCGACCGCAUUAAAAAAGCCAUAAAGAAGGACUACGAGAACCGAGAGUAUGUUUGACCUGGAAAAGGGCUUAAACUUUACUUUAUUAUCAAGGUUGUAAAUAGAGGCAUUAUCACUGUCCCAGUUCCUCAUGCUUUUGAAAGUACCAAAAACUUUCUUUCUUCUGGGUUCCUGACUUCUUGGAUCUAAACAACAUUUACACUAAAGGGGGAUGAACUGAGAUUUUGUGGUAGAUAAAGUUUAAAAUCUACAUCUCUGGCAAUUGUGCCAAUGUGUAAAACUGCCAUGUUGAUUUAUGUAACUAUAUAAUAUAUUUGGAGAGUAAGAUUUUAGACAGAUUAAAGAAAUAGGCUGGACUUUAUAAUUUAGACUUUAACGUGUUGCUUAGAGUUUCA